AUGGUGUUUAAAGAAACAGUGUGUAAUGAACUACGUCAGAGGUUUAAUAUUGACUUUGAAGAAGAAAAUGGAACUGCAGCAGACAUUUAUUCGGAAUAUAGGGAAGUAAACAUAGCACGAAUUGCAAGUCUACAAGACCCAAGGUACAAGAAUUUACAAUUUGAAUCAUCAGAUCGUAUACGAAAAAUUAUUAAACAAAAAAUUGGUUCAAAGAUACAGUUAAUUAGAUAUAUAUCUGAAAAUGAUAACACCUCAAAUACUAAAAAAAGUACAGUAUUAGAUGAAUUAUUGGGGAUAGUUCCACUAAAUUCUGAGGAUGAAUUUUCAAGGUACUUGGCUGAACCACAAAUUAAUCAUAAUGAUGAUCCGUGUUUGUGGUGGAAAUCGCGUGAACUUACAUUUCCUUUUUUAUCUGUUCUCGCAAAAAAUAUUCUUUGUAUACCGGCUUCUUCAAAACGUGUUUUUUCUACUGCUGGAUCAAUUCUAUCCCCAAAGAAAAAUAGAAUGGCUCCCUUUCAUUUAUCAGCCCUGGUAUUUUUAAAUAAAAAUAUUUGA